ACUGACCCAUGUUUCCUUGUUUGUUUCUAACUCAUUUUACGUAUAGCGUAAUAAAAUAUUAAUUCUGUUGUCAAAAGCAAUAACUUCCUGCAAGAAAAUUCAAACGCUUCUUUGAAUUUUACUAUGUUAAAAACCUUUGAAUUUUAGAUAGAAGAUUUUUCAUACCACUGAUAUGACUUCUGCCAUGAGGACAGAAGUACUACGAUUUACUCUUCUCAGUAAAAACGUGUUAACACCAGAGGAGACUGAACUGUACGAGUUAUCACAAUUAGCUGGAGUCACACUCGAUCCUGAUGUUUUCAAGAUUUUACUAGAUCUUCUCAAGCUAAAUGUUGCUCCCUCAGCAUUGUUACAAAUGCUCAAGUCCAUGACCGGAUCUUACAAGAAGAAACCUGCUCCAGCAAAUCCGGUACUACCACAAGCUGCACACACGGACAGUGCACACCUCCAGUCUGUACCGACCGAACGUGUCAACCUUCACGGAUCCCGCACCGAAAGUCACAAUCGUAGUCGCACAUACGCAGCAACCCGUAGACCAGAGGCUCGCAGAUAGCGGCAGGCAUUGUCAUCUCGUCUGUACCGACCGGCCGCGUCAACCUUCAUGGAUCUCGCACUGAAGUCACAAUCAUAGUGACGCAUACACAGCAACGCUUAGACCUGAGGUUUGGAGAUAUCGGCAGGCAUUAUUAACACACGUAUUGUCAUGUGUGCAUCAUUUGACAGUUUAACAUGGAAAACCCUGAACUCAGAUUUUAAGGAGCUACGUUUUAAACCUUAAAAGUUGCAUUUUAAAACUGUUUGAACAAAUUAUUUUAAUACAUGUAUGUAAUAUAUGUUGGUAUGUUUUCAUGUUUGAAAAUCUCAUUUUGGUGAGAUGUAUAGAUUGUAGUUACAUUUUUUGUUGACAUGAUUAGCACCAAACAAGAAUAUUUUUUAAGAUGCUUACAAUGAACAUAAUUAAUGUUAUUUUUAUGACCAUGUCUGAGAAGGUGCAAGUUGAUAAAAAAGAGAGACUGUUUUAUUGGCCUGGUAUUAAAUUUUGUAAUUAA